AUGGCCGCCAGUCGAAUAACUCCGAAUCGCCCUUCCAUCCGCCUCUCUCCCGUUCACUCCCGAAACAACUCCCGUUCGACUUCACCCGAAAGAAUCCCCGGUUCCAUCUUCCAGCAGCUCGACCCUCUUCUCGGCAACCUCUCCCCAGAAUCUACUCUCCGCGCCCUCACCUCCACCGACGUGGUUCCUUCGAACGAACAAGGCGCCCAUGAUAUCCUUUCUCAAAGCAUCUCCCAGGUGUCGCCGACGGAACGCGCUCUCGGAAUUCGCGCCGCGGUAGCUGCCCAAAACUUAGGCCUGUGGCAUAAGGAGGUUUUAUCAUGGCAAUGGCCAAAUCAGAGCGACGCGAAGGUCGGAAAGGGCUUCAUUCCUUUGCCCGAAGCGCAAUAUGCAAUCAAUCCUUCUCCGAGACUCUUAUGUCUCACGAGCAACCCGGUGGAAAGCUACUAUGGGAGCUUACCAGCCAGCGUGGUCGAGCGAUAUGAGAGUAGAAUCGAUGAGAUACGCGACGGAAUGGACGAUCUCAACGUGGAAGAAUUAAAGGAACACGUUUUGAACGCCCACAUUCCAUCAAGGUCUCGGCCCUCGUCUGCCACAAGCUGCGUGUCUGUGCCUCCGCCGCUCAGUUACGUGCAGCUCAGCGACUUCACAGCGGUGGUUACCGCGACGAUUUUGCGAGCUCUGCCAUACCUAUCGCGUCUCAAUACCUUACUUUCUACCUGGGACGUUCGCAUUUUUGUUCUACGCCAAAUUCCCGGUCUGCUGAGGGAGCUGACCCUGACCCGAUCCGCCCUUGAUUCGUCUCUCCACGCGUUACGGACCCCGCAUUCUUUUGCCACGUAUGAGAACCGAUAUAGUGAUUCAUCUUUGUCCACUGAUCAUGUCAAACUUGAGUCCGCCGUCGUUGCUGUCGGCAGGCGGAUGGACCGGGUUCUCGACGCGUUAGAAGGCCGUCUGGAUUCUUUACCGGAAGAAUGGAUUGAUGACCUAGAAGCCAUCGAAUCCGACUUUGCUGCAUGGGUAGUGGAGGCUGAAAAGUACAAGGUCCAGACUGAGUGGAUCCGGUCGAAGGCCGAGGCUCAGAUCGCCGAGAUGCGCGCGGCCGAACAGCUUCAACGCGCAAAGUCACUGGAGAAAGCACAUCAGGACCUCACGCGCGAUGCAGGCAUUUCUGAACCUGCGGGACAUGAACCACAGCUCUUUCUAGAGCACGCUGUUCAACAUGAGGCUGAACGCGAAGAAGACAAGAAACUUCCCUCCUGCGACACCAACGCAACAAAUCCACAAUCUGUUGAACAGCCAACGGUGUCAUCCGAGGGGUCUGCUGAGAAGAACGGCUCGCCAAAACUCUCGGUCUCAACCUCUCUAUCAAAAUCUCCAAUCGAGGAGACACGAGAAGAUCUCACCCCUGUGGUCACGACAGAGGACCUAGAAACACCAACACAGUCUGACUUUCCACCAGCCCCUGCCAUCAGCCGACAAAUAUUUCCAACUCCUGCGCAUACAACUUGCGUCCCUCUCCCUGACUUGGAAAACAAAGAAAACAUUCCUCCGCCGGGCUUACAAUCUCUUGAUGGAGCUGGAUCUCCUCCCAUCCACGGUUCGGCUAAACCAACCCCAACCCCAUUUUCUGAGCAUCCAGCUUUAGCAGCAGGUUCUUGCAUUCAAUCAUCCACUGAAGUUGAAAGUGAUGCUCGGCUGCCUGAGGUUCCUAUUUCGAUUGAUUUGCCUGUCACUGCGGAACCCCAUGUCUCUGUUGAUCGUAAUUCGCCUGUUGAGACGAUGGGCGAUGACAUGGGCAACAUAUCGAAUGGGGUGGAACAGAGGGUUGUCCCUCAUCCUCAACCAAGCGAAGUGACCCCUAAGUCUACAAAUUCUGCCCCCGGCCAAGAUACCAAAUCCCAGAGCAUGGUAAGCCAACGGAACGGGAACGGUACUCCGGUGGCAGCAGGUAUCUCUCCUGUUCUUACACCCAAAUCGGAAUCCCGAUUACCAAAGUUGAGACAGUUUGUCCGAGCCUCUCAGAUCCCAAUGGCCAUCGGGUCCCCCAAGUCGUGCUCAAGCUCAACUCCCAUCAAAGAUCAGCCUUCAACUGAAGGGCAAGCAGAAGUCUCUCAGCGCACUGUGCGCAAACCUCUCCAAAGCCCCAUCAAGCUUUCCAAAUCCCGCCUCGGGAAGCUUGAUCUCAAUAAAGAUGUCAAAGCAGCGCCCACAGUUAUACGCCGUCGUCGGACAUCUACUGGAUCUGUGGGCUCCUUGCUUUCGGAUCAUUCCUCUCUUAUGUCUAGUCCUGAGGUGCCUGAGCCACGCACCGCUUCCUCGAAUGUGACUUCGCUUAGUACAUCGCCUCUACCGGAACCUAAACACCACCAUUCGCAUGGGGACUAUAUCUUGAGAGAGGAUCACCUGCGUCGCUUGGACAGUCAAAAGCCUGAUCCGCGAAUUUCAUUCCAGCAAUCUCACACGGUCAGUUUGCCUCUCGAGCGCUUCAUCAAUGAACGGCUAGAAUUAGGACUGGGAGGGGAGCCGGUAUCAGUGGUGGCUGGUGUGAAAUCAUCCAUGACACGCUCUGUCACACCCACCGAGUUCCCGCAGGCCCCUAAGUCUCGAAGCAAACCCACACCUCAGACUUCUCCUGCGCCAAUUGCACGGGUCCAACAUCUCACAACUCGUCAUCCUCACCUAUCUCGAGGAAAGUCGGCAAGCGAUUUGCACUCUCAAAGCGAGAGGGCGAAAAUUACGCAGCCGAGCGGAAAGACCUUUGGGACGAAUUCCGCCCGACGAGCCAUGGAACACCUUAGCCAGCCCAAGUCGCUUCGCUUGCGACAGCGGCUGACUGCCCACCCAAGCCUCGAGAGCCUAGGUAUGAAAAGACAAGAGCUUUCAUACGUGGAAGAGCAUGAAUCUGAACUGAAAGAUUAUGAUUUCCGCGCUGCGUCGCCAAUCAAACACUCCAGACAACAACCGCGAGACCACCUUGAUGAAAAGAUCAACUCCAUUCUGGAUUCGUUACCUGGCCAUAUCCAUAUGGUCGACCCCAACCAGGAAGCAGACACAUCAUCUUCAUCAUCUUCCGUGGACAGACGAACACGACGGCAUUCCCAUGCCUACAAGACCGAGGAUAGCUGUGUCAAACUCUAUCACCUUCAUCACGGAGGGCAGGCAGCACCUACAAAACUGUUUGUUCGAACUGUGGGCGAGGAGGGGCAGCGUGUGAUGGUUCGUGUCGGCGGCGGAUGGGCCGAUCUAGGCGAAUAUCUUCGCGAAUAUGUCAUUCACCACGGUCGCCGUAAGGUUUCUGAAACGCCUCGCGUCGAGGUUGAGGGCAUAAAAACACGCACCUCACCCUCUUAUUCCUCUCCAGGAACUAUGCUGACCCCUUCGACUUCAUCCUAUCUUGCCUCCGGUCGAGGUACGCCCUCACGACCGGCAUCCGUACUCAGUUCUCGCCCACCUUCAUCGCUUACCGUUCACAAGAAACGACGAGGCUCAACUGCAUCGGACGUAAUGGGCACCAGAGCACUGACCACAGGUCAUUUAUCCUCCUUCGCCUCACCACCACCUUUUCUCUCUCAUAUCCAUUCCUCCACUGGCAGACGCCUUUCGAUGUCCUCGGCCUACUCGGUCGGAGAUAACUAUUCACCCGCCAACAUCGCGGCUGCCCUUGCAUCCAACGACCUCCGCUCCGCCCCACUAGGCCUAGCUGGUCCCAAGCCACGUUCUCGACUUGAGUCCAUGAGCCCAGAAGGUGAAGCCUGGGUUGAAGAUGUCCUCCAAAAGACCCGCCGUUCCAGCUCCCAGCCCCUCCCACCCCAGUUCGCACUAAGUCUCCCACCGGACCACGAUGCCGACGACCAAUCUGAGAUUGGUGACGGCAGCGUGGCCGGGCACUCCUUACCCAAGGUCCGCAGCAUUGGUGAUAUCAGCUCUUCCGGCACCAGCCGACGAGUCGUGCUCAGAGGCCUCGGGAAUCGCAGGUCGUAA